GAGAGACGGAAGGGGUGGCAGAGGAGGUGACCGUGGAGCAGAGGGAUGGAGGAGGGAUAGAGAGGAAGAGGGAGGAGAUCGCCAUUGGAGAGGAGGAGAAAGGGGAGGAGGAGGAAUAGGCAACCGUCCAAGAGGAGAAGAACAGGAACAUGACGAUGCUGGAGCUCAGGGAAAUGGGGAUCGGCACGGCGAACCUCACCACAACCAAGCAAGGGGUCCUCGUGUAGUUCGUCCUCUAGGCUAUAAAACAUUGGAACAGCUUCUGUCAAAAGACCCCGACGACGCAGUACAAGAGUUAGGUUCUCUCAAGCAAGGUCUGGGCAAGCUUCUAGAAAUGACGGAUAUACGCUAUGACCUGAUAUCGCUAUUGUUUCAGGUCUAUCACCAUGUCUGCCAGGCGCAGGUGUCCAAUGAAACUAUCAACAUGCUGCUAGAUAUGCUUGGAAGAAACAACUUCAUCAACAGACAUCUCACCCGCCAUCUUAUUGUAAUGAGGACCGAGAAAAACCAGAGCAAACUACGGGUCAUGCCUAGAUGCAUUCAGGAUAUCGCAAUUGUCCUGUCAGAGUUACAGCAACGCCUUCCAAGAUACUUGACAGAUGUUGAAGUUGCUGUGACACUUCUUGAAGAUGCUGUCAUAUACGCAGAGAAGAGGAACAUACUUGUUGAUGAGACAAUUCAAGAAGAGGUACGCCAACUUAUGAAAUUUCAUGAGACAAUCCAACAGGAAAAGCUAAAGAAGACACGUACGGACAUCGAACCCACAACACCCCCUCCAGAUAAUUUCCGUGAGCUCAGUGUGUUUCCAACCUCUAAUGAACUUACAGAUAAUUCUCUUCGUCUUUACCUUCGAAAACACAUUAAGAAGGGAAAGUAUGAAAGUGUCGAACAUUAUCUUGACGUCCAAUUUCGUCUUCUUCGAGAAGACUUUGUCCGCCCACUUAGAGAAGGCAUUAGUGAGUAUAAAAUAGCAACAGCUCGACCAGGAAAACGUGACAAACGCUUCCAAGACAUUCGUCUAUACUAUGAUGUAACACUAGACGAACCACUGUACUCACAAAGUGGAGUUACGUUCAGGAUUCACUUCGAUGAGACUAAACUCAAAGGCGUUCGUUGGCAAUCGUCGAAGCGGCUAAUCUAUGGUUCACUCGUCAUCUUGUCACCUGAUGAUUUCAAGACCCUCGUCUUCGGCACAGUUGCAAACCGAAAGCCUGAGGAUUUGGCUAAAGGCUUCAUUGAAAUCAAGCUCGAGAGGGACGAGGAAAUUGCAGAGAUCUUCACUGAAAAGACAUUCAUCAUGGCAGAAUCUUCAGCAUACUUCGAAGCUUACCGGCAUGUCCUGAGCCGCAUCAAAAAUGUCACUGAGCAGUCAAUGCCCCUAACUGAUUACAUCAUAUCAGCAUCAACAAAAGCUAGUCCACCUGCCUACAUCCGGAACGAUCGCUCCAUUGAAUAUGACCUAUCAUCCAUCGUCUCUGAUAAAGUUCCAAAUGCAAAGCACACAGCAAUGCGUAUGAAGACCGUGAGGAUUCUCGAUGGUCAUGAAUGGACAAGACUAGGGAACACUGGUCUUGACGAGUCCCAGCUUCGAGCCGUGCAAGCAGCACUUACUCAAGAGAUGACGGUCAUACAAGGCCCACCUGGUACUGGAAAAACCUACAUCGGGUUGAAGAUAGUUCACACUCUUCUCGAUAACAAGCGUAUUUGGAAAGAAGCUCAAGUUCUAGGACUGGCCGGACCCGCAGGCCGUGCGAACAAACCAAUCCUACUCGUCUGCUAUACAAACCAUGCUUUAGAUCAGUUUCUGGAAGGAGUUGCAGAGUAUAAUAGUGAAGGUAUCGUGAGAGUUGGUGGUCGAAGUUCUAGCGAGGCUCUGAAGCGGUUCAACCUCAAUUCACUCAGGAGCUCAAAGCUUCGAGAAGAGACACCUCGACACGUGAGACGUAGAAUCGGAGAGGUUCGUGGCGAAAUCGAAGGUCUCGGGAGAGAAGUCAAAGGCCUUCAGGACAAGAUUAACCAUACGAGGAAGGGAUUACUUCAUGAAAGAGUACUCAUGAAGCACAUGACUGACGCACAAGAAAGAAGCCUCAACCAAGGAAAUGUCUAUGCAGUAGAUGGCCAGUCCCUUCUCGUCCAUUGGCUCCUUGGUGAUAUUCAGAUGAGACUUCUACCUGAGGAGCUUGAUGUUCCAGAAGAUAACGGACCACCAAAUGAAGACGAAAAUGACGAAGGAGAAGAAGAGCUUGAUAUCUUAGAGGAGGCAGAUCUCCUUGACGAGAUGAGGCGCCUGGACGUUGACGACCAACGAAAUAGAAUAUUCACAGGCGAUGCGAAUGCCAACUUCGAUGAUGACACUUUGGCUUUCCGACUUAAUGAUCUUGACAACUUGGAAGCAGGAGGGUGGCAACAAGACCGACGGCAGCUCAGAAAUAGGAAGCACAACUUAGAGAGAAAGCUCAGGAGUAAUGAAAGAAUGUCGGAUCAAGAGGCAAACACCGUUAGGAACGUUUGGGGUCUUGAAGAAGGAAACCGAUGGAGGUUAUACCGCUAUUGGGCUCAUUUACAUCGCCAUGAAUCUCUUCGUCAGCUCGUGGAUAUGCAACGGCAAUUCACAAAUGUUUGUCAGGAGCUUCGCGAGGCACGCAGUCAAGAAGAUUUUGAAAUCCUCAAGAAUGCCUCGGUCGUUGGAAUGACAACAACUGGAGCUGCAAAGUUCCAUAUGUUACUUCAGAGAAUCCAGCCGAGAAUUAUGGUGGUCGAGGAAGCUGCAGAGGUCUUAGAAGCCCAUAUUGUGACUGCAUUGACUGAGUCAUGUCAACAUCUCAUAUUGAUUGGAGAUCACCAACAACUUCGGCCAAGUCCUACGGUCUUCAAAUUAGCUACGCAGUAUAACCUGGACAUAUCUCUGUUUGAACGUAUGAUCAACAAUGAAGUACCUUAUCAGCAACUGGUUCUUCAACAUAGGAUGAGGCCUGAAAUUUCUCGACUCAUGAGGAUGGAAAGAUUGUACCCAUAUCUCCAAGAUGACGUCUCUGUGAAGAAGUUCGACGAUAUCCAUGGGGUUACAAAGAACAUCUUCUUCCUUCAUCAUGAAAUGGAAGAAGAUUCUGUGGAUGAAAUGAAGAGUCACUCCAACAUUCACGAGGCAAAGUUCUUGGUAGGACUUUGCAGGUACUUCUUGCAGCAGGGCUACCUUCCAGAGCAGAUCACGAUCUUGACUACCUAUUCCGGUCAACUCUUUGCCUUUAAGAGGUUGAUGAAAAAGAGUGACUUUGAAGGUGUCAGAGUUGCUACAGUUGACAACUUCCAAGGAGAGGAAAACGACAUAAUUCUACUCUCUCUCGUUCGCAGCAACAAACAGGGAAGUGCUGGCUUCUUGAAGAUCGACAACAGAAUCUGCGUAGCGCUCUCGAGAGCAAGAAAGGGUCUGUACUGCAUCGGAAAUUUCAAACUCCUUGCACAACAAAACCCAACUGGGCCAAGCUUGUGGAGGGAAAUCGUGAAGGACGCUCAAAUCUAUGGCACCAUCGGAAAAUCCCUUAAGCUCCAGUGUAGAAAUCACACUGGGACACAAAAUGAGGUUUCAAGUGAAACGGAUUUUUCAAAAGUCCCAGAAGGCGGUUGUUCCGUACCAUGUGAGGCACGUCUUACCUGUGGUCAUGUUUGCCGAAUGCCAUGCCACCCCACCGACAUGAAACAUGAAAACUACAAGUGCCGUCAAAAGUGUACUCAGACAAUUUGCCCCUUAGGUCAUCGAUGCAUGAAGCAGUGCUAUCAGCCUUGUGACACGCAGUGCAAAAAACCUGUCGACAAGACACUGCCUUGUGGUCACGUCCAGAAGGUGCCUUGCUACAAAAGCAGCUCAGAAGUAAUCUGCGAAUCUCCAUGCCGCAGGAGACUGGAUUGCGGGCAUCAAUGCAAGGAGCUGUGUGGAAAGAGCUGUACAAUGAUCUGCGAGGAAAUGAUUCGUCGGUCUGACUGGCCUUGUGGCCAUAAUGUCCUCGUCAAAUGUUCUGCUGGACCCGAGUCCUGUUCGAAACCAUGUGAUACGACUCUGAGUUGUGAACAUCCGUGCAAGGGUUCAUGCGGCGAGUGCCGCCAAGGACGUCUUCAUGCAUUCUGCCGAGAAAAAUGUGAUCGUACACUCGUUUGCGGUCACCCAUGCCGGUCGACAUGUGCUGCGGAUUGUCCACCUUGUUCAAGGAAGUGCGAAAACAGAUGUCAACAUAGCAAAUGCAAGAAAAAUUGUGGAGAACCUUGUGUCCCGUGUGCAGAGAGGUGCAUCUGGCGAUGUCAACAUUUUCGCUGUAGGGCACAAUGUGGAAAACCAUGCGACAGACGUGCGUGUGAUGACCCUUGUACACUCCUGCUGAAGUGUGGCCACCCUUGCAUCGGACUCUGUGGUGAACCAUGCCCCAAGAAGUGCAGAAUCUGUGAUAAGGAGGAAGUAACUAGGAUCCUCUUUGGCGACGAAGAGGACGAUGAUGCUCGGUUUGUGGAGUUAGAGGACUGUAAGCACGUGAUUGAAGUGGAUGCCCUGGACCAAUGGAUGAAGACGGAUAGUGGAAGCAAGGACACGUCAGAGGCGACCUCCAUUAAGCUGAAAGAGUGUCCAUGGUGCAAAACUCCGAUUAGACGCAAUCUGCGAUACGGAAACCUCAUAAAACAAGCACUGAAUGAUAUAAAUGCUGUUAAAAGAACCAUCUUCGGCAACGAAAGCACAAUCCACUAUCUCCGUCAGAACCUACAAGAAAAAUUUCGUCGAGAAGUUGAGAACAUGGAUAUGUUAGCCAUCGCAAUGGUUAAGAAACUGUUCCUUCGAAAGAUGGAUGCCCGGCGUUUCCACGACAUGGUCAGUUCGACGUCUGCGUUGAGCCAUGGACAAAUCACCGCUUUGGAAAAUAGAGUCCGUUUUCUGGAGGAAAUGAGAGACGUGGCUGAAGCAUUGCAAUCGCUGCGAUCUCCAUCCCUAAAUCAGCAGUACGUUAAGCAGAUGAAGAGUGAGAUAGGUGUCCUGCAGACAUGGUUGUGCCAGGAACCCAUCAACAGGAUGUCCCAUCAGCAGACUGAUGACGCCAACAGAGAAGCAAAGAGACUCCAUCUAGCCCUGAUUCUCUUUCGGACCCUGGUCGAGAAACCAGCUGCUCGUGACAAAGCCAGCCAAGAGGUAAAAGCCGCCGAGCUUCAACUCUUCGAUGGAAAGGCUUUGAAUGACCAGCGAGCAGAUGAAGUCAAAAGUCUACUCAAGAAGAUCGUUUCCAAGUCCGGUGGGUUGGGAAUUAGCGAUGAAGAGAGGAAGGAUAUAGUCGCCGCCAUGGGUCUGGCCAAAGGUCAUUGGUUUAAAUGCCCCAAAGGACAUGUCUACGCUAUUGGGAAUUGUGGUGGUGCCCAACAGGCGAGCAGUUGCCCUGAGUGUGGUCUAGGAAUUGGGGGCACCCAAUACCGACUGAGAGAGGGCAAUAGGCUUGCGUCAGAGAUGGAUGGGGCGCAACAGGCAGCAUUUCCGCCGCGAUAGCAUCGCGAAUUUCGACCUGAUUAAUUAGCAUUACAAAUAAUACUCGAUAACAUUUGGUUAGAAUGUAGGCUGUACUAAUAUUCUACGUCUCGUAGACAGCUUUAUUUUCCUUCUUUCUUCGAUAUUCCUAUCAUUCAGUUUAAAUAUUUAAGAUGUUCGGCAUUUUUACAAGUAACCGUCGAAAUUUAAGUGAAGUAGAAAUCGAAUACUCCUUCUCGUGACGUGAUUUCUCAUGAAAUUUUCAAUAGAGAUUUUGUCGAUGUGAUUUUAGUUAUUUGAAGUCAUCUUAUUCAUGUGUGUGUGUUUUCAUCCUCGAUUAUCCCAACCGAGAAUCCAGAAUACAGUUUAAAGUGAGAAAAUAAAAAAUAUUGUUACUUGAACAUACGAAACAAUCGAGCAUUUAAAACAAAAUGUAUAUAUGUGUGUGUGUAUAUAUAUAUAUAUAUAUAUACGGGACUUUCUUGUAAAUUUAUCGACAGAACUGCAAGUUGUAUCAUUUAUACAUACUUCUUAUUAUGAUAUUUCACAUCCAUUUGUCAAAACUUGUUGUGCAUUACAUCUUACUUAACGAGUAAAUAAAAACAUGUAUAUUAUUUGAUUAUCAGUUGGUAAACUGCAAUUAUUGUACGUGUGACAUAUUUUCUUAACGAUAUGAACAAAUACUUAAGUUUAGUAUAAUUUCGGCGACCAUCACAUAAAUAUGCAAGUGUUUGCAAAUGAUUGUGAAAAAGAUUUGUUAUAUUUGUCAACUGCUAGAUAAAAUAUGACAUUACUUUAUAAAUAGCGCAUCACAGCGUUUCCGUUAUCCUCAUAGAGACGUUAUACUUAUCACUUAUCAAAUAUAUAAGUCAUUUCAAAACCAAUUUGUAUAUUUUAUUGCAGUUAUCGAUUGUUAGUCUUAAAUCCUGAAGUUAUUGUUCAUGUACGUGCAGAGAUGUCUAAUUUAUCACAUUGCAUGUUUUGCAAGGUUAUGAAAACUGUAAACGGGAAAAAGCUUCGUUGAAUUUGAAAUUAAAACAAGAAUAAGUUAUAUUGUUAUAUCUGAAUUAAAUUUGGAAAUCAAAGAUUGAAAAACUCA